UCCCUCGGACACAGCGGAUCAACGAUCCAUGGAAAGAGCAGAAAAUGGCGGCUCGGUCAGGUGAUCAGCUGUGUCCGAUCACAGCUGAUCGCAUGGAACAUGUGCACUGAUGAUCAGUGUAGCCCCAGCAGUGCCACCUGUCAGUGUCCAUCAGUGCCAGCUCUCAGUGCUCAUCCAUGCCACCUGCCAGUGCCUCCAGUGCACAUCAAUGCCACAUAUCAGUGCCCAUCUGAGCUGCCUUUCAUUGUCACCCAUCAGUGCCAGUCAGUGCCUUCUAUUUGUGCUGCCUAUCAGUGCCACCUAUCAGUGUGCAUCAGUGCCGCCUAUCAGUGCUGCCUAACAGUGCCAGUCAGCGCCGCCUAUCAG